CUAUAUUUUGGAGUUUGGAGAAGCGAAACGGCGUACUUUGCAUAAACGAUAACGGAAGAUCGGCUGGUUGGUUCAAAGCAACAGAGUUUUGUUUCAUGUAGUCAUUGUUCUUGCAGCUUUUGCACUAGUUUCAAUCUCUAGAAAUGCGGGGAAUCAGAGUUUCGAGGUCAUAUCUUUCACUGUUUUCUGUUCUAGCUAAUACCCAUAUGAAAUCGAGAUUUAUUACACGGACCCAGUGUCUCACUAUCGCUGAAGCAGCACCAACAACAAUCAGGAACUCCAUAAAUUCCUGCUUCCAAUUUCACUUCUCUUUCUUCUCGACCUCAAAUAUUGAAGACCCAGAUCAACCCAAAGUUCCUGACUCAGAACAGGGUUUUAGUAACCAGGAUGAUGGUAGUGAUACUGAUGAUGGUGAAGAUGUCGAGGAUUUUGAUGUCAAAAAUGUUAGAGAGUUGAUUGUAAGCAAUGAGGCUGUUAUUCAGGAUGCAAAGGUCAUACUGGAUAUAUUGUGUAAGACGGGUAGUGAUCGGCUGGAAAUGAAGAACAGGCUUGCGCAGUGUUGUAUUAAGGCCUCUUCUGAGUUGGUCGUGGAGGUUCUUUCCCGUGUUCGACAUGAUUGGGAGGUGGCUUUUACUUUCUUUCUAUGGGCAGAAAAGCAGCCUGGUUAUACUCAUUCACCACGUGAGUAUCAUUCCAUGAUCUUUAUUCUUGGAAAGAUGAGGAAGUUUGAUACCGCCUGGGCUUUGAUUGAUGAAAUGAGAGGCACUGGAACAGGCCCUUCUCUUGUUACGCCACAGACUCUCUUGAUUAUGAUUAGGCGAUACUGUGCUGUGCAUGACGUGGGGAAGGCUAUAAAUACCUUCUAUGCAUAUAAAAGGUUUAAAUUUGAUUUGGGGAUUGAGGAGUUUCAGAGUCUACUAUCUGCCCUUUGCCGAUACAAGAAUGUGAAGGAAGCCGAACACUUAAUGUUUUGUAACAAGGAUGUCUUUCCAUUUAAUACCAAGAGUUUUAAUGUUAUACUUAAUGGCUGGUGUAAUAUUGUUGGCAGUCCAUGUGAAGCAGAGAGGGUCUGGAGAGAGAUGGGCAAGAGAGGUAUCCAAUAUGAUGUAGUGUCAUAUUCGACUAUCAUGUCUUGCUAUUCUAAAGCCUCUAAUCUUCACAAGGUUUUCAAGCUGUUUGACCAGAUGAAAAAGUUGAGGAUAGAACCUGAUAGGAAGGUUUAUAAUGCAGUCGUCCAUGCUCUUGCAAAGGCUAGGUUGGUGCAAGAGGCUAUUGAUCUCAUGAGAACAAUGGAAGAAAAGGGCAUUGCACCCAAUGUUGUUACUUAUAAUUCAUUGAUUAAGCCCCUAUGCAAAGCCCGAAAAAUUGAUGAGGCUAGACAGGUCUUUGAUGAGAUGAUACAAAGGGACCUCUCACCUACAAUUCAUACCUACCAUGCCUUCUUUCGCAGUUUAAGGAAUGGGGAAGAAGUGUUUGAGCUCUUGGAGAAGAUGAAGAAGUUGGGCUGCCAGCCAGCUAAUGAUACUUACAUCAUGUUGAUAAGAAAGUUUAGCCGAUGGCACCACUUUGAUAAUGCCUUUAAGGUGUGGAAUGAGAUGAGUGAUAAUGGUGUAGGGCCUGAUCGUAGCUCAUAUAUUGUGCUGAUUCAUGGGUUGUUUUUAAAUGGAAAGUUGGAGGAAGCAUACAAAUUUUAUUUGGAGAUGAAGGAAAAAAAUUUAUUUCCAGAUCCAAAGAUUGAUGAGAUGCUUAAGGCUUGGGUGUCUAGUAAGCAAUUUGCACAGAAUAAAAUUGCCCCUCCGAAGGGUAACCUACAUUGUCCUGAAUUAGAAAAGCAGACCAGAGUCAUCUCUAAGAAGUUGGAACAGGAAAGGGAUUUUCUUCGGCAACCUGAAACCAGAAGAGUAGUCAGAGAGAGAGGCUUUUCUUUUUGGGAGUAAUAGGUUUACAUGAAAUAAUAUAUCUCCAUCACAUGUGCUUUGUGUUUGAGGCUCUCUCGUCAGAUUCAACAUUGAGAUUACCUUCAAACUGCAUAUAGAUGCUUCAUAAGAUGCUGCUGAUCACCAUACUCUGGAUCUAAAAUGCAUGCAGCCCAACUUUUGAGCUUUCAUUUUGUUAUAGAUGCCAUGUAGCAACUACUUGGUUCUGGGACUUAAUUCCAGUCAUAAAUGAAAAAGUCAGGUAACCAAUUACCCUAAUAAUAGAAGACAUGGAUGCUGUUAGCAGAAAAGUUUUAGCCCUCUUUUUUCAUUGUCUAAGCUAUCAUUGAUAAGUUUUUGGUCAUUUUUGGUUCAUCAGCUAUGAGCUAAUUGUGGAUAAUGGUCAUCAUACUGCUAUCAAUGCAGUUUUCUGUAAGCUCAUACUUUUUUUUUUUUUUGGUAAUUCCGUUCCAUUUGCUGUAGACAUCCUUGUCACUAGUUCUUUUAUGCUUGAUGAGAUACUGUUGAACAAAUUAAUCUCUGCUGG